AUGCAAAUACGGAAACCCCCCCUCCCCCAUAGCCGGUAUUACAGCGGUAUUGCACCACACGGACUGGCAGCCGUCAACCGGAUAAUUUACCGUCUCGAGCCGGUAAUCCUUGCCCCCUCUCGGGCUACUGCGACUUCCUUCUUGGGUAGGUCGGUCAUACAGGUGCCAGUUGGUCCUCCUUACGUUAUCUCCAGAUUCGCUCUCUUCGGCCACCGUCUUCGGCUUUUUCCUGGUCUAUCUCUCCUUCUCUUCUACUUUACUUCUGCUUUCUUCCUUCUUGGUCUUCUAUCCGGCUUUCUUCCUUCUUGGUCUUCUAUCCGGCUUUCUUCCUAUACUAUCCCCCUUCCGCUGGGCAUCUUCGCUUUCAUCUCUUCCGCCAUCGGAUCCAUUGACCUUUUCCGCCUUGCCCCCCCCGAAACUCUCAGUUCCGCGACGGUUACCGGGGUUUAA